GGUUUGGGGUCGUGGAUCCGGAUCCGCACAGGAACCGGAUCCUCGCUGGGAUGAUGGAGGCGAGCGAGCGGAGCCGGCGGCGUGGCGGGGCCGAUCCCGCAGUGGAGAAGCAGAAGAAGAAGCAAGAAGAGGAGGAGGAGGAGGAUCUGCUGACGGUCCCCGAUGGCUGGAAGGAGCCGGGGUUCACGCGCGAGGACAACCCCAGCGGCCUGCUGGAGGAGAGCUCUUUCGCCACACUCUUCCCCAAGUACCGUGAGGCCUACCUCAAGGAGUGCUGGCCGCUCGUGCAGAACGCCCUCGCCGAGCACGGCGUGCAGGCCUCCCUGGACCUCAUCGAGGGCAGCAUGACCGUCGCGACGACCCGCAAGACCUUCGACCCCUACAUCAUCAUCAAGGCGCGCGACCUCAUCAAGCUGCUCGCGCGCAGCGUGGCUUUCGAGCAGGCCGCGCGCAUUCUGCAGGACGACAUCGCCUGUGACAUCGUCAAGAUCGGCUCGCUGGUGCGCAACCGCGACCGCUUCGUCAAGCGGCGCCAGCGUCUCAUCGGCCCCAACGGCUCCACGCUCAAGGCCCUGGAGCUGCUCACCAGUUGCUAUAUCAUGGUGCAGGGCAACACCGUCUCUGCUCUCGGCUCCUACCGGGGACUCAAGGAGGUGCGCAAGGUGGUGACGGAGACCAUGAAGAACGUUCAUCCCAUCUACAGCAUAAAGACGUUGAUGAUUAAGCGAGAGUUGGCCAAGGACCCGGAGCUGCGCAGCCAGAGCUGGGAGCGCUUCCUGCCCAAGUUCAAGCACAAGAACCUGUCCAAGCGCCGGACGCCACACAAGCUUCGGGACAAAAAGGAGUACACGCCCUUCCCUCCCGCACAGAUCGAGAGCAAGGUUGACCGUGAGCUGGCGAGUGGAGAGUACUUCCUUCAGGACGCCCAGCGACACAGGAAGAAGCUGGAGGAGCGAAAGCUGCGGGAGCAAGAGGGGGAGGAGCGGCGUCAGCGGGAGCGGAACAAAGCGUUCAUCCCCCCCGUGGAGAAGCCGCUGAAGAAGCCUGCGCCUGCGCGCGCGGCCGAGCCCCUGGACGUGCUGGCGCUCAAGAGGAAGGUGGAGCGAGGCAAGAAGCGCAAGCUGGGGGCGCCGACCGAGCAGGAGCUGGUGCUCCGUCUCGAGAGCAGCACCUCCAAGGCGGACAAGGACAAGAGCAAGAAGAAGAACAAGAAGAAGAAGAAGACCAAGUUCGAGAAGACGACGAAGGGCAACGCCGACGAUGCCUCGUCGGAGCGGACGAAGGACGCUGGCCGUGCAAAGGGCGGCGCCGCCAUCGACGCGAGGCCGGGGGCUGCGAGCGGUGCCGGCGAGGGCGGCAAGGCCUUCGCCUCGAAGGGCAAGGCCUUCGCCUCCAAGGGCAAGGCCUUCGCCUCCAAGGGCAAGGCCUUCACCUCCAAGGGCAAGGCCGUCGCCUCCAAGGGCAAGGCCUCUGCCUCGAAGUUCGCUGCCGCCGGCACCUCGAACGGCACCUCGAAGGGCACCUCGAAGGGCAAGGCCGGCGCCUCGAAGGGCAAGAAGAGGGCUUGAUGGCGGAGACUGACGCGGCGGGGGAGGAGUGGGGGGAGGGGGGUAGCUCGGGGGGAGUUAUUGCGCAGUGGAUCGUCACAUGGUUGGGGAUGGGCGGGGGGAGGGGCGUCUAUCCCAUCGGACCCCUGUCAAGCCCGUCAGACCCCUGUCUAGCCCGUCAGACCCCUGUCUAUCCCGUUGGACCCCGAACCACCGUUUUGUUAAACGAAAUUUGUUGCUUUUC